AGGAUUCGAACCAACAAAACAGUGGGCCGCCUGCAGCGGAGCACGCGAACUUAACCACUCGGCCACGGGGCCAGCCCCAAGAAUAGAGAUCUUUUCUUACACUUCCAACGAAUCCCACAGCUUAUGGCACAUUGUGCAAUAAAUGUCUCAGUCAGGGUCCUAGCAGGAAAUGGUGGCACAGUCAAAUUAGGAUAAUUGGGGGAGAGUUUAAUAAGGUGAAAAUUACAAAGAAGUAGGUAGAGCGUAGAGAAGUCACAAAGAGUAUUGCGGUACCCCAGGACCCACAGCUCUGUUGUGACCACCUCUAAGCCCAAAAGCUUGAGAAGAGGGAGCAGUUAUGUAGAGAGGGCUUUCUCAAGAAAAGCUGUGACCUUCAUUGAUGUAGCCCAUUCAGGACAACUUCCUGAAGCAGAAGCGGGCUGGAGAAUGAAUCUGGAGGGAAAACAUAAGAUGCCUGGUACAGUAUACAAUAGCGUUGAUUCAGAGGAGGGUGGGAGUACUGAGCUUCACGGAGGGAGAAGGAAUGCAGAGCCUGUGGGAUGCCACUUGGCAAUUUUCUCCUGCCUGAGCCCACAGGACUAGCAGUUUCCCUUAAUUCUCAUCUUAGGAAAUUUUCUUUAUUUCUUUGGGCCUAUGUUUCUUCUAUCCAUAAGUUGAGGGAAUUAGCUUAUUAAUCUCUAAGGUCUCUACCAUGGUCACAGCUACUGUGACUAGGUUCUUAGCUACGUCAUCUUUAAUUUUGAUGGAGAAAAACCUUACUUUUACUUUGCAUUUUAGAUAUGAAUGUUAGUCCAUAGGUAUGUUAAACAGGCCUGUAGGGAGAAUACGUUAAAACAAAAGAUCUUAGUGGUUUCUGACUAGUAAAUAGAGUCAAACUAAUGAAGUUGCAGAGUAGUCAUAGAUAAUUAUCACAAGGGUGGAUAAAAUUAACCUACUGCAAAGUUUACAACUGUAAUAAAGUUUUCUAGCACAAAUAUUUCAACAUUUUUACUCUCAUGGUUACAAAUCAACAGCGUUAAGCAUUAUUAGAACAAACGUUUCAGUAUUACAACAGAGAAGUUCUCUGCCCUUCUUAGCAACAACUCAACUUUAUAAGUUACAGAAUAAGCAUUAAUUUAUUUUGUGGCAAAACAGUCACUAACUCUUUUUCAAUUUAACAAGAUGUACUAGGUGAUUCAGGGCGUGGGCUUCUCAGCUGAGUCAACAGGCUUCCGUUCUCUCAUCGUUCGUUAUUAAAGUGUUAACCGAGGCUUUGUAACCUCUGACUCUGGUUAUGUUUUCUAGCCAAGGCUGUUAAAGAAAAGUGGGAUCCUAAAGCUCUGUUCCCACAAGAAUCCUGCAACAGAAGAACUGUCUUCAUUUUAGAUGGGAAAACUAGCUGAGCUGCGAUUCGACCCACGUGAGUGGCAGCAGAGUCGCUGCCCUUUUCACCUCUCACUCGGAAUUCUAAUAUUCCCUCUGUGACGCGCGGACUGCAGGUUCCAGAAGGCCGCGUGCAUGGACCCUGCUGUCUGGUGGGAGAAACCGCGCUCGGCGGCCGGAAGCCGGGGCAUCUGCGCGCGGGAGCCUCGCCCUCCUGGGCAGGAUCCCAGGCAGGAGGCGGGGCCGGGGGCGGGGCCUGCAGCCGCGGGAAUCCCGGGCCCGCCCCUUGCCCCACCCCUCGGUUUCUCGCCAUGGCCCCAGCACUGCUCCUGGUCCCCGCUGCCCUCGCCUCCUUCAUCCUGGCCUUUGGUACCGGAGUGGAGUUCGUGCGCUUUACCUCCCUUCGGCCGCUUCUUGGAGGGAUCCCAGAGUCUGGUGGUCCGGAUGCCCGCCAAGGAUGGCUGGCUGCCUUGCAGGACCACAGCAUCCUUGCCUCCCUGGCUUGGGAUCUGGGGCUCCUGCUACUGUUUGUGGGGCAGCACAGCCUCAUGGCAACUGAGACAGUGAAGGCAUGGAUGUCCCGGUACUUUGGGGUCCUUCAGAGGUCACUGUACGUGGCAUGCACUGCCCUGGCCUUGCAGCCCCUCAUCCUUCCCCAGCUGGUGAUGCGGUACUGGGAGCCCGUACCCAGAGGCCCUGUGUUGUGGGAAGCUCGGGCUGAGCCAUGGGCCACCUGGGUGCCCCUCCUCUGCUUUGUGCUCCACGUCAUUUCCUGGCUCCUCAUCUUCAGCAUCCUUCUCGUCUUUGACUACGCGGAGCUUAUGGGCCUCAAACAGGUGUACUACCAUGUGCUGGGGCUGGGUGAGCCUCUGGCCCUGAAGUCUCCCCGGGCCCUGAGACUCUUCUCCCACCUGCGCCACCCAGUGUGCGUGGAGCUGCUGACAGUGCUGUGGGUGGUCCCCACCCUGGGCACUGACCGCCUCCUCCUUGCUCUCCUCCUUACCCUCUACUUGGGCCUGGCUCAUGGACUUGACCAGCAAGACCUUCGCUACCUCCGGGCCCAGCUGCAAAGAAAACUCCACUUGCUCUCCCGGCCCCAGGAUGGGGAGGCUGAAUGAGGAGCUAACCCUGGUUCCAAACCCUAUACUUCCUCUCCCCCUCGAAUUCCAAAUCCCUUAACAUCCAGGCCCUGGCUGCUUCACACCAGAGGCCCAAAUCCAUGAACUGAAGGGGCUGUCCCUCUGAUUGAGACUUGGCUCCCUGAGUCCAGCUCCAUACCCUAAAUUCUGAAUUUCAGCCACUGGCCUCCAACGUCCACUUCUCACCAGCCAGGAAGAGGGGGUGGGGAACUUACCUGUCUCCUCAGUUUAUGGCUUGAUGACCCUUCCCUCCCCCUCCCCGCCCCCGACAACCUCCUCACAAGGAGAAGGGUCUGGCCUGACCACUCCCCUGACACUUACUCACCUGCCUCUGUACCUCAGGGAUCCCCUUCUCCACAUCUCGCUUCCCCUCCUAGGAGGUGGACCAGGGUCUGCAAGUUUGAUGGUAGUGGCUGCCCCUUCAGGCUCCAUGCCUUGCUGCUCAGUGCAGCCCCACUGGCUGGCCUCUCCACCUCCUUAGGCCCCGCCCCUGCGCUCCAUUCUCAACCUAAUUGAGGAUGCUGCCCCUCUUAAUUCGGGUGUCUAAGGACUCCCUGUUCUCCCGAGGAACAUGCGCUGCAGGAAAAUAAAAUCGAGCCUGGUUUUUCGACA